UCAAAAAAAGUAGACAAAUAAAUAAGUAAACAAAAUUGUUGUUAUUUUCUGAGAUAGUGAGAUAGUGUCCCACAAUGCAGUUCAGGCUGGCCUUAAACUCACCAUGUAGCUGAGGCUGGCUCAAACCUCCAGUGAUUCUCCUGCCUCAGCGUCCUGAGUGCUGGGAUACAGCUGUGCCCUGGCACACCUAGCUUUUUAAAAGGGACCUUCUGGAUGACAUCAAGGGCUGCAGACACUCAGGGAGACCGUCGAUGGCCUCAUUGGGAGACAGAGGCACAAGAAGAUUUGGCAAAGAUGCAUCAAGGUUACUUCCCGAUGCUUUCUGGAGUCAGCACUGCAGACGGAAGCCCUUGGAGAACAGGAUUCCUGUUCCUGCCUCCAGGAGGCAGGAUUCACAGCCAGUCCUCCGGGCUGCCCUGGAGGCACCGGGACCAUUGUGACACCAUCACUGGGUAAGUGAAGGUCACAGUGAGCAGCGCGGGACCACAAGGGGAGCCCUCCAAAGGGCUGUGUGACUGUCCUGGGGAGAGUAGGACAGAGAGCGCUGAGGGCUUGCCUGCCCCCCAAAGCCCAACGCUCCCAACAGCAGCCCCAGAGGAUGCAAAAUGCUUUUAAAAAAUCAAAGCACAAGUGAUGGAGCAUGGUUAUCAUCUUAGCUACUUAGCAGGCUGAGGCAGGACCUCAAGUUUGAGGCCAGCCUGGCCAACUGAACGACUUAGCCACAUUUAGUUUCAAAACAAAAAGGAAUAAAAAGAUCUGGGGAUGUAACUCAGGAGAAGAGCGCUUGGCCUAGAGUCUGCCAGGCCCUGGGUUUCAUUCCUGUCCCAGUACUGCUAACAAGAAAACGACAAACCUGUGCACUAGAAAAAAAUGAUUUCAUUAAAAACACGCAUCUGAACACAAGAGCGAGUGGCCGCGCUGAAGCGGACUGGGAGAGCUUCCUGGAGAGCGGAGGCUGGGAAUCCGAAACCCUGUACACCACAGUGGGCCAAGCACAGCGCCCGUGUCUGUUUUCCCAAAGUCCCCGCCCCAGCGCGGUGCCUGGCCCGCAGGAAGGAGUCAAAGGCAGCCUUGUCCUCGGUUCGGUCCCGAAUCCCCGCCACCGCGCUCCUGGCGCAGCGCCCGCGAUGGCCUCGGGCGCCCUCCCGCCGUGCCCAGCGUCCCGGCUGGACUUUCUCAAGGCCUCGCACUUCGCGCUGGGACCGGACCCGCGGCUGCACCGGGGCACCCAGCUCGCCACAUCGCACCGGGACUUCCCCGCUCACGGCCCUGCCACGCAGGCGCAGCCCACCCCGCAGCCGCCGAGCGCGCAGCUCUUCCAACGGGACCGGCGCUGGAAGGCCGAGGAGAGCGUGUCGGAGGCGCGCCGCGCGUUCACGCCUCCAGCGGAGCUCGAGGACCCGCGGGCGCGCGCAAUGCCGCGCAGCAGCUGCCUGAGCUUGUACGCGGGCAGGGGCGCCGGGCCGGUCCUCUCUAGCGCGCGCGCCGCCUACGGCUGGCCCGAGGUGCUUGCGCACGCCGGGGAACGGGUCGGCGGCGCGCGUCUCAUCUUCGACCAGGACUCCGUGCCGCCCGGCGACAGGGACAAACUGCGCAUUCCUCCCACUACGUACCGCACGCUCUUUCCGCCCCACGACGCGUGUCCGCAGCCCCGCGCGCACAGCCGCCAUCUGGGGGGCCCCAAUACACUCAGGUGGGAUUACUGGAGGCGGGAAGAGCCCUCCUACAGAACACAAUUCCAGGCCCUGCCAGGCCCUCCUGCCUUGAUGUGUAAGAGGGCAGCCUCCUCCAUUCACCUGGGAGAUUGCACGAUUGGCUACGACCCAGGGUGCUCAGAACUGAAACGGGCACACAGGCCCCCAGGGCUGCCCCCGGACAGGUAUGACAAGGCCCAGGCGGCUGCCCACAUCCACAUCGUGAGCAUCCCACCCGGAGACGGCCUCUUCCACGACAGGACCACCAUGAGCCACCACUUCUACCCUCGGGACCCAGAGCCAUUUCUCCUCCACCAUGAUCAGACUCCGGAAUCGCACAUCCUGAAAGGAAACUGGUGCCCUGGCCCCGGCAGCCUCACAACUUCCAUGCAGGAUUUCUAUGGCCAGCCACUGCCUGAGACCCAGCCACCCAGCCACUGUGGGGCUGAUGAAAACCUGCAGAGUCACAUGACCCUAGCAGAACCCAAGCUGCUGGGACGCUUCUUCCAAACCACCAUGCGCUCGGCCUACUGUGCCCCAGAAAGGAGGCAACCACAGAAGGCACCCAACCUCCACCUGAUGCCCAGCAUCCUGCAGCAGGAUGGGGGAGAACUGGAGUUUUUGACCACGAACCAGACCAUGUUGAAGCCACACGGAAUCGUGGGGGCGCGCAUGACUGAAGAGUUGCUGCAGAGGGUGAGAGGGCAGGAAGGGACACAUGCCCAGGGCUCAGCUUCACACCAGUGUCCCACCCCGAGCUCAGGGUCGGUCCCCGGGUUGUGUCAGAGUCUGCUCCAGGCUGUUUUCAGAUCUGAGCGGGGUUCAGGCCCAGUCUGCAGGGCUCACUUGGCCCUGAGGUCAGACCACCUCUGGGGCCCAAUCCCAGCCACACACUCCCGAACUUCGCCCCACCCUCUGAGGUCCCCCAGGGUGGCCCAGGGACCAGAGGAUGGACAGGGUGGGCGCCCUGCAGACCACACCCCUUACCCCACAGUGCAAGUACAGCCAUGUGGAGUUCCCGCUGGGCCGACAGCGAUUCUUCUGCACUGAGUAUAAGGAUGAGUUUCCCUGCAAGUACCAGGGCCCCGUAGUACUGAGAAUAAGCAAUGCCCAGGAGAGCAGCGUGCCACUGGGCACGCCUUGCCAGCAGAGCUGCCCUCGCAGGGUUGUUGACCCUCAGGCCCCCCAGCUCCCUAUGUACCCUUGUCCCAGCCAGCAGUAAAUGUCACCUUGCCUCCA